AUGGACAAGAUCCUGGAGGGGCUGGUGAGCUCGUCGCACCCGCUGCCGCUGAAGCGGGUAAUCGUGCGGCGGGUGGUGGAGUCGGCGGAGACGCCUUUGAGCCAGGCGCAGUGCCGCGCCAUGUUCGCCCUCAGUACCCGGCUGGUGUUACAGGGCCCCGACCCCUUCCAGCGGCAGGUGGGGCGGCAGGUGCUGGAGGCCUACGGCCGCUACCAUCGCGCCGAGUUCGAGGCCUUCUUCAACCGCGGGCUCGUCCUCGGUCUCCUGCAGCGCGGCUACGGCGAGCUGAGCAACCGCGACCCCGCCAUCCUCGACUACAUCCAGGCGGGGCUACGCCUCAUCAUGAGCUGCCCCUCGGUGUUGGAGCUCUUUGAACUGCUGCAGGUGGAGGCGUUGAGGCUGGUAUGCGAGCGGCCGGCGCCGCCGCUCUGUGCCCGCCUCUGCCAGCUGCUGGGUGACUUCCCGCAGUGUUUGCCCCGCGGCAGGAAGCUCUCGCUCGCCUUCUGCCAGCAGCUGGUGCGCAGCAUCGCCCACUUCCAGAGCCAGGGCAGCCGGGAGGCCGAGCUGCGCCUCUACGUCUCGCAGGUGACGCAGGUCAGCGGGCUGUUGCGGAGCGUCUGGAAGGCCGAGCCCGACACGCUGCUGCCCUCCCUGCAGGAGCUUUUCGCCGUCAUCUCCGCUGCCGAUACUUCAUUUGAACCUUCUGUUGCACUGGCAAGUCUUGUGCAGCACAUACCAUUACAGAUGAUUACAGUACUCAUCAGGAGCCUUACUACAGAUCCAAAUGUGAAAGAUGCGAGUAUGACUCAAGCUCUGUGCAGAAUGAUUGACUGGUUGUCCUGGCCUCUGGCUCAGCAUGUGGAAACAUGGGUUAUUGCACUGCUCAAAGGCUUGGCUGCAGUCCAGAAAUUUACCAUCCUCAUUGAUGUCACUCUGCUUAAGAUUGAAUUGGUCUUUAAUCGACUUUGGUUUCCUCUAGUGAGGCCUGGUGCCCUUGCUGUCCUUUCCCACAUGUUACUUAGUUUUCAGCAUUCUCCAGAAGCUUUUCAUUUGAUUGUCCCACAUGUGGUCAGCUUGGUUCACUCCUUCAAAAGAGAUGGCUUACCUUCCAGUACAGCCUUUCUGAUGCAGUUCACUGAGUUGAUACACUGUAUGAUGUAUCAUUAUUCAGGAUUUCCCGAGCUCUAUGAACCCAUUCUGGAAGCUGUUAAGGAUAUGCCCAAACCUACUGAAGAGAAGAUUAAGUUGAUUCUCAGUCAGAGUGCCUGGACUUCUCAAUCCAGUUCUUUGCCAUCUUGUUUAUCUAGACUUUCUGGGAAAUCUGAAACUGGCAAGACAGGUCUAAUUAAUCUAGGAAAUACUUGCUAUAUGAACAGUGUUAUUCAGGCACUUUUUAUGGCUACAGAUUUCAGAAGACAUGUUUUAUCUCUGAAUUUAAAUGGGUGUAAUUCACUAAUGAGAAAACUACAGCAUCUUUUUGCAUUUUUGGCCCACACCCAGAGGGAGGCAUAUGCUCCUAGAAUUUUCUUUGAGGCUUCCAGACCACCAUGGUUCACACCUCGAUCCCAGCAGGAUUGCUCAGAAUAUCUCAGAUUCCUGCUAGACAGGCUGCAUGAAGAAGAGAGAACCUUGAAAGCACUGUCUUUAGCAAAGAAUUCUGAAAGUAUAAUGAAUGAAGAGUCCCAGACCCACGAAGCUGUUCAUAAAGCACAAGUAUUUGCUGAAGCACCUUGCAUGGGAAGUGAGGAAAGAACGCUGAUAGAGAAGAUGUUUGGAGGAAAGUUAAAGACUAUUAUAUGCUGUUUGAACUGCAAAAGUAUGUCUCAAAAGGAAGAAGCCUUCACAGACCUUUCUCUGGCUUUCUGUCCUCCAACUUCCUUGGAGGAUGUUGGCCCAAAAUGUGUGGAACACUCUGAAGUGAAAGAUGACUGCGUGGUGCAAACUAAUACUUUAACAACUAGUCCUGCUGGAGAAAUGCCACUCAGUAAUUUGGAAGUAAAUGGUGAACAUGACACAGUCAUGAAUGAAGAAGCCAUAAAAGAUUUUUCUACUGAGCCAAACUCUGAGAAUACCACAAAUUCUGAACUCAGCAAAGUUCAAGAUAAUAGAGAUGUGUUUCAGGGGCUAGUAGGUAAAAACACCCUGUCAGUUACAGACUUACUUAAUUAUUUUCUGGCACCUGAGAUCCUCAGUGGAGACAAUAAGUAUUAUUGUGAGAAGUGUGCCUCUCUACAGAAUGCAGAGAAAACUAUGCAAAUCAUUGAGGAACCUGAAUACCUCAUUCUCACUCUUCUGAGAUUUUCAUACGAUCCAAAGUGUCACAUAAGGCGCAAAAUUUUGGACAAUGUGUCUCUGCCACUUGUUUUGGAGCUGCCAGUCAAAAGAGCAACAUCCCCUCUAGCUGUAGUUUCAGGUGGUUGGUCUGCUGGUGUGGAGAUUUCUGAUAUUGGGGAAAACCUUGCUAAAAAACUGAAGCCCUCAGGUGCUGAUGAAGUGACCUGCCCACAAUUGGUGCCCUACAUGCUAAGCUCUGUGGUGGUUCAUUCUGGUGUGUCCUCUGAAAGUGGACACUACUAUUCAUAUGCUAGAAACGUUACUGGGUCGGGGCCUUCAGGACUCUGUCACCAGUCUACAACUCUUUCUUUAGUUUCUCCUCAGGAUAAGUUGUUGACAGAGGAUAGUCCCUGUACUGUUAUAGAAAAUGAUCUGGACUCUGAGAUGCCAAGAGAAUGGUUUCUGUUCAAUGACAGCAGAGUGACGUUUACCUCAUUUCAGUCAGUCCAGAAAAUUACCAGUAGAUUUCCAAAGGACACUGCUUAUGUUCUGUUUUACAAAAAACAAAACAGCACCUGUGGAUUCAACACCAGUUCAGCAAAUGGACUCUGGGUGAAUGGAGACCCUCCCUUACAGAAAGACCUCAUGGAUGCAAUUACGAAAGAUAACAAACUGUACUUGCAGGAGCAAGAGCUUAGUGCUCGAACACAAGCACUGCAAGCUGCCUCAGCAUCCUGCUCUUUCCGACCCAACGGAUUUGAUGACAAUGACCCCCCAGGAAGUUGUGGACCGACAGGUGGAGGAGGAGGGGGUGGGUUCAGUACUGUUGGUAGAUUAGUCUUUUGACUAUGAAGACAACCUGGAAAACACUGGUUCCAAAGCAGCCCCAUACUGCUGAGGACAACUCAAAUACUGAACUUUAUCAAAUGUUGUACCAAGUUUUGAGACUUGAUCCUUGCUCAAAAGCAGAUGUUGGGGGGGUUUUGGUUAUGUUGUAUUUGAAAUAAAUA